AGCUUUGGUGUACGUGGAUAUAGCGGCGGCUGCUUAUAACUUGACUCGACUCGUGUUAACGCUGUUAAUGGCGGGGAGAUCAUAUCGGAGGUCAACGUCGUCGUCGUCGGAGACUCUGUUGAACGCUCCCAUCGUGUCCUGGGGCGGCUACGUAUUAGACCAGGUGGGGGUGUACGUGACCUUUGUGGUGACACUAGCAGCUCUGCAACACUGUACACUGGUGAUAACAGGGGAGAAAGAGCUGCAGUGGAUGAAAUGGUGCAACAAGUUCACCAGAUUCUGCCUUCAGAUUGGCGGUGGCCUCUUCUGCAGCUUCCUAGCUUGCAUUCUCAUGGCGCUCCUUUCCUUCGUCUCGGGGUUCCACUUGUUCAGACUCUACUCUCCUACCCGCUUCCUCCGCCUCAAGAAGAUGAAUACUACUCCGUUGGCGGCGGCGUUGUGAUGACCG